AUGGAGGAGGGAACUCAUAUUAUCGACCCCGACGGCGAGGUGGUCAUCAUCGUGCAUAAUCCCAAUGCACCUUUCGCCUUUUGGAAUGACGAGAAUGAUCAAGCUGAAGAGCCUGCUGAUUCCCAGAAGUCAGACGAGAUAGCUGAUGGGCCCAUGCUGUUGUCUGAUAGCGACUCCGAUGCUUCGAAUGACGAGCCAGCCAAUGGGCCUGUCGAAAAGGUGGCCGGUAUACCGUCUGAAGCCGAUGUCUAUAUUCAAGUGUCCGCGAAGCACUUGAUGCUGGCCUCUCCCGUGUUCAAGAAAGCCCUGACUGGCAAAUGGAAAGAAGGUUCAACCUUUAUUGGUACUGGAUCAGUCGAGAUUACCACUGAGGGCUGGGAUGUUGAGGCUUUCUUGAUUCUCCUUCGAAUUCUUCAUUGCCAGCACCACAAACUCCCAAAGAGGGUGAGCCUCGAGCUCGCUGCUAAGAUCGCUGUUCUCGCAGACUAUUAUGAAUGCAACGAUCUCGUGGGGUUCAUCCGUGAUGCGUGGAUUAAUUGUCUGCGGGAAGAGCUUCCGGAGAUGUAUUCACGGAACUUGAUCUUGUGGCUAUGGAUCUCUUGGUACUUCAAUAUGCCCAUGAAGUUCAAGAAAGCGACCUCGAUUGCCAUGUCGCAGAGCAAGGAUGAGAUCAAUGCACUGGAUUUGCCGAUUCCAGCGCGCAUCAUAUACGAGAUGAACCAGAAAAGGCAACAGGCUAUAUGCAAGAUCAUUCUUCAACUUCAGCAAGAACGUGAAGCGUUCAUGACAGGAUCUAAAGGUUGCAACUUUGAGUGUAGGUCCAUCAUGCUUGGUUCUCUCAUGGGGCAAAUGCACAAAAAGGGUCUACUUGAGUCAGAGGUCAAAUUCUACUACAAGGGUUGCAAUGUCAAAGACUUGACCAAAUCUGUCCAGUCAUUUGUUGCCCCGAAGUGGAGGGCUUCAAUCUACAGCCACGAGCCAGGGUAUGCCGAUCACAAAUGCCCCCACAGUUCGUUUUCUCUAUUGGAGAGUUCACGCGAUACGGUGGAAGGUCUCAAACUGAAACAAUUUCUUGUCAAUUGA